AUUAUAUUAAAAUAAGUUCAAAUGAGUAACAGAGAAUACGAUUAUUUGUUUAAAUUAGUUAUAAUUGGCAAUAGUGGAGUUGGAAAGUCGGCUCUUUUAUUAAGAUUUGCGGAUGAUACAUUUAGUGAAAACUAUAUAACCACAAUUGGAGUUGAUUUUAGAUUCAAAUCUUUAAAAGUAGAUAAUAAAGGUUUAAAAUUACAAAUUUGGGAUACUGCUGGAUAAGAAAGAUUUAGAACAAUUACUAAUGCAUAUUAUAAAGGAGCUGAUGCGUAUCUACUUUAUAAAUCAAUUUUAGAAUAGUUAUUGUUUAUGAUACAACAUGUUAAUAAUCAUUUGAUGAUAUUGAAAAAUUUUGGUUGAAUGAAAUUGAAAGUUAUGCUGAAAAAAAUGCAGAAUUAUUAUUAUUGGGAAAUAAAUCAGAUCUUAAUGCAAAAUAAGUAUAAAGUGAAAGAGUGCAAGAAUAUGCUUAAAAAAGAAACAUGGUUUUUUUUGAAACUAGUGCCAAAACUGCUGAUGGAGUGGAAGAAGCCUUCAAAAAAAUUGCUAUCAAAUUGAUGGCAAAAAGGGAUUAAUUAGUAUAAGAUAAAAAAAAUAAAAGAAAAUAAUAAAGAGUAUUUUAUUUAAAAUAUCAAGUAAUCAUCUACAUCAUCAUAAAGAACAGAAGAAAGCUUAACAACUUCUGAUAGAAAACAAGAAGAUGAAUAAAAAAAUGUUAAUUUAUGGUCAGCCAAAAGCACAGAAAAGGAAUAAGAAACUUAGUAAUGCUAAUGUUGA